UAGGACGAGGAGCUGCUGGGAUGCGCAUCAGGAGCUCAUCCCGUGGGAGCCCGCUGCUGCGGUGGGCAGGUUCAGCCUUGGGGAGGAGCAGCGGGGAGGGGGGGCACAGGGUGUGGCAGCAUCCCCAGCCUCCCCCUGCGCCUCAGCCUCGGCUGCUCGCUGGGCAGGGCUGUGUCUGACUGCUGGAGAGCUGCACCCAAGCUGGAGAGGGCUGGUUUGGCUUGGGGUUUUGUUCUCUCUUCCGAGAAGGAGCCAAGUGAAGAAUAACCAACCAUGACUACAGAAUCGGGAUCAGACUCCGAGUCCAAGGAUAAAGAGCAGGAUCAGGAGGAGAGCCCUGCUCAGGAAGGGGCGGCAGAGACCCAGCCACAGGACCAGCAGCAGCAGCCACAGCAGCAGCAGCCGCAGCAGCCGAGCGAAGAACAAACCGCGCUCGAGCAGUUCUCAGCCGUGGCAGCGCACAGCACGCCAGUGAGAAAGGAGCAGGCCACAGAGAAAGAACAGGAGUUUGCUGCUGCAAGUGCAAAACAGCUGGAAUAUCAGCAGCUAGAGGACGACAAGCUCUCUCAAAAAUCUUCAUCUAGCAAACUUUCCAAGUCUCCUCUAAAGAUUGUCAAGAAACCGAAAAAUAUGCAAUGCAAAGUGACGCUCCUGGAUGGAUCGGAAUAUGCGUGUGAAGUAGAGAAACGUUCCAGAGGUCAAGUGCUAUUUGACAAAGUGUGCGAGCAUCUGAACCUUUUGGAAAAAGACUACUUUGGGCUAACAUACAGAGACACAGAAAACCAAAAGAAUUGGUUGGACCCUGCCAAGGAAAUCAAGAAGCAGAUCCGAAGUGGUGCUUGGCAGUUUGCAUUUAAUGUGAAAUUCUACCCUCCAGACCCUGCCCAGCUAUCUGAAGACAUUACCAGGUACUACCUCUGCUUGCAGCUGAGAGAUGACAUCGUGUCGGGCCGGCUGCCCUGCUCGUUCGUCACGCUGGCCCUGCUGGGCUCCUACACCGUGCAGUCGGAGCUGGGCGACUACGACCCGGACGAGUACGGCAGCGACUACAUCGGCGAGUUCCGCUUCGCGCCCAACCACACCAAGGAGCUGGAGGACAAGGUGAUCGAGCUGCACAAGAGCCACAGGGGAAUGACACCUGCAGAAGCUGAGAUGCAUUUCCUGGAGAAUGCCAAAAAACUAUCAAUGUAUGGAGUAGAUCUCCAUCAUGCUAAGGAUUCCGAAGGAGUGGAAAUCAUGCUAGGAGUCUGUGCAAGUGGACUCUUAAUAUAUCGAGACAGACUCAGAAUAAAUAGAUUUGCCUGGCCAAAGGUUUUGAAAAUUUCCUACAAGAGGAACAACUUCUACAUCAAAAUCCGACCAGGGGAGUUUGAGCAGUUUGAAAGCACUAUUGGGUUUAAGUUGCCAAAUCAUCGUGCUGCAAAGCGCUUAUGGAAAGUGUGUGUUGAACACCAUACAUUUUUCAGGCUCCUGCUGCCAGAAGCACCUCCAAAGAAGUUCCUGACGCUGGGCUCCAAGUUCCGCUACAGCGGCCGGACGCAGGCGCAGACGAGAAGAGCCAGCGCCCUCAUCGACCGGCCCGCGCCUUACUUUGAGCGCUCCUCCAGCAAGCGUUACACCAUGUCCCGCAGCUUGGAUGGGGCAUCAGUGAAUGAAAACCAUGAAAUGUACAUGAAGGAUUCUGUGUCUGCUGCAGAGGUUGGUACUGGCCAGUACGCCACAACAAAGGGCAUCUCUCAGACCAACUUGAUAACCACUGUGACUCCAGAGAAAAAGACAGAAGAGGACAAAGAUGAUGAAGAGGGCAAAAAGAAGAGAGCGGAGGAAGUCACCCCGAUUUCAGCAAUACGCCAUGACACCAAGCCAUCUUUGCUUGGCACUGACUCCCACCACUCCUCGCCAUCCUCUCAGCCUGGCCCCCAUGUAUCUUCAGCCAAGCUCCGCAGGAGAUGCAAGGAGAGCACUCGGCCAAAGUCCUUAGGCUGUGAGGCGCCCAGAGAGAGCGCCGCCAAGCGCAGCGAGUCGGAGCCCGACUCUGACAGAAAGGGCCGGCUUUGCUCCGCCGAGCAAGACGUGGCUUUUGGCUACAAGCAAAAAGCCGGCAAAGGGGGAACGCUGUUUUCCUUCUCCUUGCAACUUCCAGAGUCAUUUCCUUCCCUCCUGGAUGACGAUGGCUACCUGUCGCUCCCUAACCUCUCCGAAACCAACCUCCUGCCUGCCAGUGUGCAGCACUACCUCCCCAUCCGCUCCCCCUCCCUCGUGCCUUGCUUCCUCUUCAUUUUUUUCUUUCUGCUCUCUGCCUCUUUCUCAGUGCCAUACGCCCUCACUCUCUCCUUUCCUCUGGCUAUGUGCCUCUGCUACCUGGAGCCCAAGGCGGCCUCCUUGAGUGCCUCACUUGCCAAUGACCUGAGUGACAGUUCAGAGGAAGAGACUGACAGUGAGCAGACGGAUACCGCGGCCGAUGGUGAGACCACUGCCACCGAGUCGGAUCAAGAGGAGGACGGAGAUCUAAAGGCACAGAAUAGUCUGAUUAAGCGAAUACAGGGUGAAAAUGUGUAUGUCAAACAUAGUAAUCUUAUGUUAGAGGAUCUAGACAAAACCCAGGAAGAUCUGAUGAAACAUCAGACCAAUAUAAGCGAGUUGAAACGCACCUUCUUGGAAACCUCCACAGAAACGACUGUGUCUAAUGAGUGGGAGAAGAGGCUUUCCACAUCUCCCGUUCGGCUUGCAGCAAGGCAGGAGGAUGCUCCUAUGAUUGAACCACUAGUGCCUGAAGAGACCAAAGAAGAAACAGAGAAAUCAGAAAAACUCAUAAUUUUGCAGAAGGGAGGUACUACAUUCCUUGAAAUGCAGACUAAACAGUCCACUGGUGAAAAAACUCUGGAUGGUUCAGACAUCUUCACUUUAAUAGAGUCUGCCAGAAAACCGACUGAGUUCAUAGGAGGGGUUACUUCUACUUCCCAUAGCUGGGCUCAGAGAAUAGAAACGACGUCGUCUCAGGAGAUAACUUCCAGUGACAUGAAGCAAGCUGUUCAGCCGGAUCAGGAUGCAGUGCAGAAGGUUGUACAGGAGACUGUAGUUGUCAAGGAGAGACGUGGGAUGGAGGUGCAUGCAGGCGGGGAUCCUGCUAAAGUGGCCGGACUUACGCUGGAUGCCCAGGCUGAGGCGGCGUCGGCGGUGGCUGCCGGCGUGAAAGGGAAGGAGGGCUCUGCUGGGACUGAGGGGGCGAAGGAGGAAAAAAGGGAGGAGGCUGGGAAAGCCCUAACCAAACAGCAAGGAGUCGCUGCCGCUGCUUCGUGUGAGCAGGCGGAGGAGCACAGAACAACAGUCCAACUUUCAGAGUCUUUGGAAAGAAAACCUCAUUUUGAGUCGCCAGUUGUGAAGACUGAGACUAUAAGUUUCAGCAGUGUCCCUGCUGGUGGGGAAACCCUUGAAAUUUCAACAAAGGAAGUGCCAGUAGUCCAUACAGAAACAAAAACCAUUACAUAUGAGUCUUCUCAGGUGGAUUGCGGUGCUGACUCUGAACCAGGUGUAUUGAUGAGUGCACAAACUAUCACAUCUGAAACCACCAGCACUACAACUACUACACAUAUCACCAAAACUGUGAAAGGAGGCAUCUCAGAGACAAGAAUUGAGAAACGAAUAGUCAUCACAGGAGAUGCAGAUAUUGAUCAUGAUCAGGCGCUGGCUCAGGCAAUUAAAGAAGCCAAAGAGCAGCACCCUGACAUGUCAGUGACCAAAGUAGUGGUACAUAAAGAGACAGAAAUCACACCAGAAGAUGGGGAGGAUUGACCACAGGAAUAACCUAGAAUGCAUAUGAAUCCAGACAUGCAUACCAGUAGGAAUACGAGAGCCUAUACGGAGUCUCAGUUCCAACCUGACUGACUUGUAUCUGUCUAUGGAAAAUUUCAGUACAGAAGAAUUGAUCUUGACCGUUAAUAAAGAAACUGGCAGAGAUACCUUCCCAUAGAAAGCAAUCUGAAUCAGCAGCAGUUAAACAAUAUUGCAUGAAGCAACAAUAAAAUUACAGAAAAGCA